CAAAAUGGAGAGAGUUUUAUGCCAGCUUGUGUUAAUACUAUGUACCUGUGUAUAUGUGAAUUCACAGAGAUAUUCUUUUACUAUUCAAACAUCUGAUCCGAACUUACUGUCUCAGGUGCAAUCUAUGGUUUCCAAUCUCGGUAGUGGACCAGUACAAAACAUCAGGAGAUUACCAAAUGCAGGACAACGUAUACAAAAUAUUAGGACAUUUCAAAAUGUAGCUCAACCAACUCAGAUGAUUAGGACACUUGAAAAUACAGGGUUCAGCCCUGGUGUUCAGUCCAUAAUAUCUUUAAGACGAAGUGGAUCGAGUCCAGCAGGCAGUAGGUUUGUACAAACUAUACAACCAUUAGAAAAUGGUGGACAAAGGCGAUUUCAACAGAGAAUCAUAACUCAAUCAAACCAACGACGUCCAUUAAUAGAAACGCUCAGCAGUCCCAUGGGUAAUGAUGCAUUUAGAAGAUUCUUCUUGAGCAAUGGAGACCAACCACAAACAGAUACCCAAGUGAUAACUUCACCGAAUUCCAGAGUGUUCCGUAAAACCAUGUUCUGGAUCCAACCACAACCAAAUAGCAAUCAAGGACCACCACAGUCCAUAACACCGUCAGAUACCAGAGCAGAAGAAAUGGCAGGAGAAUUCGGAAUUCCGACAUAUUACCAGAAAUUUAUUUUAGAUUUCCACAAUAUUAAGAGAUCAGCAAGUAAUGCAGCAGAUAUGUAUGCUUUGAAAUGGAACAACCAGUUAGCAAAAGAGUCUGAUGAUUGGGCUAAACAAUGUAAAUGGGGACAUCAGCAAGCUGGUCGUGGUGAAAAUUUAGCCUAUGUUACUGGCGGUGGCAUCAAGUUGUUAUUAGAUUAUGGUUUAAAUGGAUGGUAUGAUGAGAUUAAACAAUAUGAUGGCAAGAAUUGUAUGGAUACUGGUAGCUGUCAUUAUACACAGAUGGUUUGGUCAUCAUCAACAGAAGUUGGUUGUGCUGCUCACAGAUGCCCGGACAUGCAUUAUCUAGUUUGUUUUUAUUCUCCACAGGGUAAUAUCAUUGGUAUUCCACCAUUUCAACAAGGUACACCGUGUUCUGCUUGCUCUGGUACAUGUCGAGAGAAUCUUUGCCACUGGUUCAACGCAUUUCCUAACUCUAACCAAUUAUCAAACCAAUUUUCUAACAACGUCAACAACUUUAAUACAUUCAAUGGCGCUUCUAAUUCUCGACACAAUCAGUUAUCAGCAUCAUCUAUGAAUUUAUUACUGAAAUUUAUUAAUAUGCAUAGGAUGAGUGUUGAUGCUCAAGACAUGUACGUUAUGAAAUGGAGUAACAGCUUAGCCAGAGAAGCCGGCACAAGAUCACAAACAUGUCAAUUGUUACACAGGAACAGCACUAGUGGUGAAUCUUUAAUCGUGGUCCCUCAACAAAGUACUGGUGAUAAAGUAGCAGAAUACAUCAACAAACACUGGAUUGCCGAGAAGAAUGAUUUCCGUUUGGGUACAGAUUGUAGGGUUACUACACCCAAUACUUGUGCAUAUUCUCAGAUGAUCUGGGCCCAAUCUAAAACCAUGGGCUGUGCUUCACAUUGGUGUGCCAGUAGUCAGUUUGUAGUGUGUUUGUUUGACCCACCAGGAAAUGGUAUUGGUAUGUUACCAUAUAUUCAAGGUAACCAUUGUCAACAGUGUCCUAGAGAUACCAUUCGAUGUGAAAACCAGCUAUGUGAUUGGAGAAUUAUGAAAAGAAAAUAA